AUGCAGGGCUGCACAAAGGAGCACGGCAGCGGGCUGCAGUCGGGCGAGCAGGAACCGUUAGAGCAGGCGGGGGUGGGGGUGGGGGCGGCCGAGACCACGCUUCCGCAAGAUGAAACUCUGGAGCGGGCGGCGUGUGUAGAAAGCGCGCAACCAACAUUCGCGGCUGCACUGAAGGCGCAAGCGGGCGCUAUGGCCCAAGUCACGCAGAAAAUAGGCGUACCGACUUUGGCAGUCGAAAGUGCGUCCGAACGGAGGGAAAAUGGAUCUGAUAGGACACUCCCUGUGGCUGUUCGUGAUAGCGAAGAGGCGCAGCCACUAUUACGCUUGAAACAGACGCAGAAUGACAUAAAUAGAAGAAACCGUGAGUUGCCAAAUCAACUGCUGCAAGUGAACGAGCGCGAGGCAGCCAGCAAAGCGCACCACGAGACACCGUGGUGUGGAUGGAGGCAGGCGGCCCGGCAGUGCGCACACAGACGUAGACGCCUCGCCGGCCGGCUCUGCCGCAGCCGCUCCCUCGCCUGCCCUGGGCCCAGCUGGCAACGCCGCCCCGUGACGUCAGCGCUGGGUGGGGGUAGCCGCGCGCCUCGGCUGUUUGUGCGGCCCAGUUCUGGAGUGAGGAGCGAGGCGUAUAGAACAGCGCGACGCGGUGCUGUCUGCUCGAGAGCUGCUUUCUAUCACUUCUCCGGGGGAAUACCAGAGGAAGAAUCGACUACCAUGGCAGCCGGCAAGGGAGUUCAGGAGAGCACACCUGCAUACCUGGGUGGCCUACUAGACGCUGGGGGAGGUAACAUGGUGACUUUGGCGGUGGGGGAGACACGGCUGGUGGCACACAGAGCCGUCCUAGUUACCGGGAGCCCCGUGUUUGCCGCAAUGUUUCGCCACGACAUGGAGGAGUCAGGCAGUGGCCUGGUAGACAUAAGAGAUGUGGACGGACCAGUGCUGAGAGAGCUACUGACAUUCAUGUAUACCUUCCAUGCCCCCCAGCUGGCGAGCAUGGCUGCACAAUUACUAGUCGCCGCUGACAAGUAUGGCGUGCUUAGCCUGAAGGCUCAGUGUGAGCAGCAGCUGGCCACAGCACUGGCUGUGGACAAUGCGGCGGCCACAGCUGUUCUUGCUGUGCGUCACUGCUGCCCUGGCCUCAGGCCGACCGCCAUCUCCUACAUAAAGGGGCGCACGCAUGAAGUGAUGGCAACGCAGGGCUGGGCUGACGCAGUGCGCACCCAGCCAGAAGACGUCAUAGAGGUCAGCAAGCUGCUCGCGGAGACACCAGAGUCCAGCGUGCUGGCCACUGCAGACUGCAGGCCCACCAGCACCAGCCACGGCACUCAGCCGCUCAGCGACUGCGACCGCACUCCCACCGCAGCUGCCCGCCAUACUCCCCCGCCACCUGACGACUCGGCCGUCUCCCGCCUGCGGUUGCUUUCUGAAGCAGAGAGAGGGAGGAGGCUGAUAGAAGCAGCCAAGGAGGGGGCGGUAGAGCAGCUGUGCAGGUUGCUGGCGGCAGGAGCGGACGUGGGGGUGAGGGACAGAGCGUGGUACAGCCGGACUGCCCUGCACUGGGCAGCAGUCUGGGGCCAUGUGGGGGCAGCCAGCUGCCUCAUAGGGGCCAGCGCGGAGGUCGACGCCAGGGGCAGCAGGCAGACGACACCCCUACACUUCGCUGCAGCAAAUGGCCACACGGCUUUGGUGCAGGUGCUGCUGGAUGCAUCUGCUGACCCAAAUGGCAGAGAUGACUUGGGGCUCACGCCACUACACUUGGCGGCAAGAUGGGACCAGACAGGGGUGGCGGUUGAACUGCUGCAGGCGGGAGCUGACAGUGUGGCCAGGGAUGGCGGGGGGAGGACCCCUCUGGACCUCGCCAUGCAGAACAAUGAGCAGCAGCUGGUGGAAAUGCUGCAACAACGCUGAUGUACAGCAUUAAACACCACAUAAUUAGU